GAGGUGAUUAUUUUAAUGCAUUGUAUAUGCGAACUUUCGAGAAACAAGCUGAGUGUUUCUCGGCUAUAUGCAACAUGCUCUGGUAAUCAUCUCAUGGCCACUCCUGUGUUCUUUCAUUGUAUUGAAUAAAGGUACUACUUAAACCCUUUCUCCAUAAAACCUUUCACCCGCUACACAUCAGUUCGUGCGAUUUGUACAACUGCUGCUUGGCGGUUACUAUCUGGCUUCUGUUCUAGCCAGCGGGAUCUAUGACUUCUGAUAAAAAGCGUAAACGCUCGCAGUCAUUUGUGCGAGGCGCGAAUGUCAGCCCCAGCAGCACAUCCCCUACUCCCCAAAACAGCACUGGAUUUGGCAUAGCAGAGACUCUUUCGAUGCUCCGGAACGACAGUAACAAUACCUCCCAAACGCCUGAAGCGGCGGCACCAAUGAAGAAGCGAAAGAGAGCAGGGAAUGAAAAAACGAAGUACCCAACCCUAACCUAUAUUGAAGGUCGAUUGCAAUCUUCCAUCAGAAUUGCAGAUUUGCAGGGACUACUCCUUUAUUGCUUCGGUGAUGGCAUUGCGCCGCAAUGGAUUUCAAUGAAGCAUUCUGGUCAUGUCAGGAAAGUGGUCAUCCUAAUGGUUCCUGGUCUGGAGAUUGGCAUGUUUGACGGUACUGUUCCAUUGGUACCUGACAAGCGCCAUGAGUCUGCAUCGGAUAUGAAUGAUGCCGACGAUUCUACGACUCAGCAUACUGAAAGCGAGUGGACCGAAGUCCAGCGUAGCGAGAAAAUCACGGGUGAAUUUGACCGAUGGAAAAAUGGCCUUCCAACUGCACCGAGCACAGCUCAAUUCAACCCAAAAUCGCUUGCGGCGGACCAGCUACCGGACCCCCUCAAACCGUUAGCUGAGAUUUUUCCACAUGUUUGGCCUGUUAAAUCUCCGGGAGACACGAAAUAUAAUAAGGUGCACUCACCGCUGCAAGCAAUUCUAUUGUCCGCUCUGCCAAAGUCUAAAGAGACAAAUGAAUCUAAAGGCCCGAAACCUCCUCGUGGCGCAGACAACUGGCCAUCGAAACGAACGCCUAUUACAACCUUUAUUAGUUCACUGAAUGAUUUGAUGGAUAACGAAUAUGUGUUACAUCCGGCAUUAUUCGAUAAACCCGAAGAUGCCUCUGCUAACGCGAAUUUACGAGCCUCUUUGGGACAGGGUCCCGAUGAUGGCUGGGUGGACACCAAAGUUGACAGGUAUUCAGAUGGUACAGUGUCAGAGAAUGACAUUCAACAAGGUAGUAUAACAUCAGGGCGAGAGAUACUGUCCCUAGACUGUGAAAUGUGCAUCACUGAAGGAGGAUCUUCGCAACUCACGCGGGUUAGCCUUGUCUCCUGGGAUGGUGAAGUGGUGCUGGACGAAUUGGUCAAGCCGGAGAAGCCUAUUAUCGAUUACCUGACACGUUUUUCCGGGAUAACGAAAGAAAUGUUGGAUCCUGUAACAACCCGUUUGCCUGAUGUCCAACAGAGGUUGCUGUCUUUAGUGGGCCCUCAUACUAUACUAAUCGGCCACUCUCUCAAUUCCGAUCUCUCCGCCCUCAAGUUAACUCACCCGUUCAUCAUCGACACCUCAAUCAUCUAUCCCCACCCUCGUGGAUCCCCCUUGAAAUCAAGCUUAAAAUGGCUAUCGCAGAAAUACCUCGGGAAGGAAAUUCAGAAAGGCCAGGCCGGACAUGAUUCCAUUGAAGACGCACGAGCCGUACUCGAACUUGUGAAGCAAAAGUGCGAAAAGGGUGAACAGUGGGGAACAGGCGAUGCUUCUAACGAAAGCAUAUUCCGCCGACUUUCACGAGCCAGUGUCCCAGGGAGGGCCGCUAGUGGUGCGACAAAAGAGGGUCGAACAGGAGCUGUUGUUGACUGGGGCAAUCCGGAACGAGGAUUUGGAUCUCAGGCGACAGUUACAUUGGGUUGCAGAAACGAUGACGAAGUGGUUGAUGCUGUGAACCGCGCUAUCAAUGGGGAUGAGGACGGUCGCGUGGUGCCGGGCGGUGGUGUAGACUUCACGUGGGCGCGCCUACGUGAACUGGAAGUCUUCCGCGGCUGGUGCAACCGCAUUCCUGACCCGUCCAAUGUAAACCAGUCUACUGCAAUCCCAGUCACAAGUGCGGAAAGUGAUAAUUCCGAAUCCGAGCGCCUCGCCUCUGCAGUCGCGAAAACAGUCUCGUGUAUCCAACGAAUCUUUGAUUCCUUACCACCAUGUACGCUGUUCAUGGUGUACUCGGGCACAGGCGACCCACGGGAGGUUUCCCGUCUCCAGGAGCUACAUAAGACCUACAUGCAGGAAUUUCGCAGCCAGAAGCCGUGGCAUGAACUCAACGUGAAAUGGACAGAUACUGAGGAGCAAGCGCUGAAGAAGGCUUGCCAGAGGGCGAGGGAAGGAUGUGGGUUCAUGACUGUAAAGUAAUCUGGCAAUUUUGUUUGCUGUCUUUUUUCAAGACCUUCGUGUGUUAUCCCGCUUUAAUAUCCUACUUUAAAUAACAUCUGGAAUUCGCUUUUCCAUGUGCAUGUACAUAUACUCCGUAUGUAUAGUCGAUUUCAAGGCUGGUGUGGGUAGGCAACUAUUCAUGAUGCAGCGUAUAAACUACACUAAUAGGCUUCGGGGGGUUGGUAGAUUUGGCUACCCUAAAAUUAUUUGACUAGUGGGUAUGACAAUUGAAGAACCAUCAACUUUCUACCUUGACUAAGCUGUUUAAUGUCUGUUACUGGAUAUAGACUUGUCAAAUGCAUAUUUACUGACAGGGAAACAAAACUGAAGGCCCAAAAUCGAUCAGCGUUGGCUCCUCACCCCACCUCUUCCUCACUUCAACCUGCGGCCAUUUCCAAUGCUUCUUCUCUCUGCAUGGCUAAUUUUGCGAGAGAAUCGCGGGCUGCGAUUUGCGAUUUACGUCUUCCACGAGUCGGGUGGUGAAGGCUUGUGGAUUUUGCUGUUGUCUGUGUAGAUUCUUCUUGCUCGUUGGCAAUCGGGCGAGAAUCCUUCUGAUCAAGCGGUGGGUUAUCACUGUCGGUUUGAGAGUUGGGGAUCGUUUGCUCAUGGGUCUGAAUGUUUGGUGCAGGAGAGGACGGGCUUUCUUGUAGUUCACCACCCUGUAACUGUGCUACCGGUUCCUCCCCUGUGUGGACCUGAUUGGGCUCAGUGCUGGAGGAAUGCUGAGUAUUUUCAUUAUCUGGAGGGGCAAGGGAAGAGCGUCUUGAGAGUCGCGCACUGGCUCUUCUUGCUCUGUUCACAGGUUGAGGAUUGUCCAGGGUUCGGGACUCUACGGCUUGUCCGUUAAUGGCCUCCGUAGGACCAGGCGGCUUUGUUGUGACCUGGGUAUUAGUAUCGGAUUCUUUUAAAGGUAUUUUUUUCGUCGAAGCCUUUGCGGAUAAAGACCCUCUUCGCGGUCGUCCAGGAGGUUUCUUUCUGGUAGCAUUCUCUUGACUUGGUUUGGCAGGGUCGACUUGGAAAGCUUGGUUUCGCUCGUGCGCUUGACGUUUGUUUGGGCUUGUGCGGGAAUCCUUUGCAUUGCUCUCUCUACAAUUGACGUUACUAGAUAAUGCUCGAUAUUUUGGACCCUGCCACGGUUCAGCAAGUUCAUCAGUGUCAGAAUUCGAGCCUCCAUGAUGGGUUAUAUUUGAAACGAGGCAGAUCGGCUGCGAGUUGUUAUAAGGAGGUUGAGACGCCGUGUUCGCCGUCGAAUUCCGUCCUUUUGAAUUCCGUUGACCGCGCCCAGCAUCAAACAGAGAAAUUUCUUCUGGGAACGGGCGUUUCCCGUUGGAAUUCAAGUUUAAGGGGUGAUCUCUUUGAUUCAAGACUAGAGCCCCGCCAUCUAUAUUCGGAGACGCGACAAAAGGACGGUUAUUAAGACCAGAGGUUGGCUCAACCCGAGUUAACAACAUAUUUUCUAACUGGCUGCAUUUAAACCUUAGAGAAUGAUUUUCUUGUUUAAGCGCUUCUAUUUCAAUCCCUUUCGCUCUAACUUCCCGCAACGCCG